AUGUUUGGCGUCGGUCCGACAUCAAGUACUCCAUUUGCGGUGGCAAUGUCCGCAGAUGACCACGGCUCACCAGUCUCAGCCGAUAGGGACAUUCCAAAACAACCUGCUGACCAGGUUGACACCAAUCUGGAUUUCGAACAAAUUACUCAGCAUAAUUUGUCCAUGGCUCAGGUUGCCGCAUCUUCAUUUGUCAAAUCACUUACCGGUUUCGGCUUUAAUAGCACAACGGCGGGAUUUCUAUUCCCACCCGCAUCCACUGCCCCACUAUCCAUACCCGGCGCCAGCCCACUUUUGUUGAAUGGAGUGGAUUUUUCGAAUCCAACUACUCGUAGGAGACACCGCACCACAUUCACUCAAGACCAACUUCAAGAAUUAGAGGCUGCUUUUCAAAAAUCGCACUAUCCGGAUAUCUACUGCAGAGAGGAAUUGGCGCGUAUGACCAAGCUUAACGAGGCCAGAAUACAGGUCUGGUUUCAAAAUCGUCGAGCCAAGUAUAGAAAACAGGAGAAACAAAUCGUGAAACAGCAGCAGCAACAACAACAGCAGCAACAACACGGGCAUCCUCAUGGAGCCGCUUUCGGAUCAGGGUUCCCCAGCAUCCCAUCAAGUCCCAAUCAAACUUCUGUACUCCCUCCGUACAUGCAUUCCGGCCUAUAUUCCGUCCAUCCUUCCGGACCGAAUUCCACCUUACUCGGCUCAUCCACUGGGACCGCUUCAUUCCCUUAUCCGCCGGGCAUGUCACUCCCGGCUCACUUACUGUCCACAUCUCCACUUGGAUGCCCAUCUGGUUUGGGAAACGGUUCACUAAUCAACUGUUACGGCUCCACAUUGCCUUAUAUACCACCUACUGUUCGUCGUUCAGGACCAGGGAGCUUUUCACCACCGCAACAUAACAUUCCACAUUAUCCCUCAGCAUCGCAUUCGGGUAAUGACUACCUUUGCGCACGAUCCCCUUCAGAACGUUCCGGUAGCAUGCUGAAUUCUUCCCCACCACAACCCGCUUCACAUCAUCCCCUGUCACCAGAUUCCUCAUCCCAGGUGCCCAUGUCCUCACAGGUUAUUACUUCAGAACUAUCUGCAGGUCCAUUGAUGCAACGUGCGGCGGUAGCAGCCGUUGCCGCUGCUGCGAACAUUUAUCAACCCAGAAAUUUAGCCGAAGAAGAAGAGAAUGACAGCGGCACUGGAAAACAUUCCAAUCCAUCAUUUAGCCACAUUCCAACAACUAGCUCAAAAUCCAGCUUAAUCGAGCUAAUAGAUUCGAACAGAAGUGAAUGGAAGAAAGCAAGACACUGUGACCUGACAAAAUUAUCGGAAAAUCGAGACAUUUAUGGAGCUGCCAUAACGGAAAAUCAACAAAUCGGACAACCGGUUCCAAGUAUACCCGUGUUUGCCUCAUCCCGAACCAGUGACUCUCAGUCGACAGGACGCGCAGACAGAGCUACAACCGAGGAGGCUGUGUUCAGCAGGAAAAUCACAAUGAGUAUAUCCGACAGUCCAGUAAAUCCCCCGUCUCUUCCCAAGUCAACAUGUGCUAGUACGAAUGAAGCAAUCAAUUCAUUCGCCUGUGCCGUCGAUCAACGGAACCACACCCAUCAACUCUCUACAUCUCCGUUCCAUUCGGACAAAACGGAGUCCAUGAUUACCGGGCCUCAUUUGCCAACAGCCGAGUUUGAACAUCUCGAGUUCAGUCAUCCGAAUGGCGGAGGACCGGACCACCAGGCAAUGUUUGGACGUUUUGACUCUACAGUACGCCCAUAUCUAAACCCAAUGGGAACUGGGUCGGACGAGGAUUCGGCUCCCGAGCGUGCGAUACGCGACUUCGACACCACUCAAAUGCCAGGUGGUGCGCACACCUCCUACCUAGAUCGUACUAUGUUGUCAAGACACGAGCCCACAGCAAUCAAUUUUCCAGGUCAAUGGAACCGAGGUCCAAUGGAAAAUGAACUACCGAAUCGUGCACUGUAUCCGCCUCCGGGGAUUUCACUUCGUAUCAAUAGUAAUACGAAUACCACCAGUGCAGAUACUUUGAAUUUCACGCCCACGGUGGGGACCGUACGCUUGGGUUACGGGCCCGAACGAGACUGUUCCGAUUAUCCACUUGCUGUUCCACGCGAUUCAUCAGUGCCAACUCCGUUUACCAAUCCGGAUGUGUCCAAUUCCACUGGCCGACUUGCUACCACUACUGAUUACACGGGUGGAGUAGGGAGCAGUGGAGAGUUACCGUCACAUACUAUGAGUUCAAUGGUAAUGAACCGUUAUCCAAAUUUGGUAAGAAAUUCAUUCGAUCUCAUAUUUGCCAUGCUAGUGCUGUGCAUGUGUUGA